AUGAGCUACACAUGUUUUUUACAUAGGCCGAUCACCUGCAAUCUUGGCUCGUUGAUUGGUCGCACUUAUCGGCUUGCCUCAUCGUCUGUCCCAUCGUCUGGCCCAGAUUACUAUCGAUUGUUCCCUAAGACUUUCCCACGGGGAGCACCACCUUCUUCGCCCUUUAUGAUAGAGGAUAGAAAACUACGUAAGGAAUAUCGGAAGUUGCAGGCUUUGAACCAUCCGGAUCUAAUCAACAGGCUGAACCAAAAUGGAGGAUCGGAAGUUACUCAUACGUCAUCUUCGCUAAUAAAUAAAGCAUAUGAUACGAUCAAUGAUCCUCUCAAAAGAUCACAAUACUUGCUUAAUUUGAAUGCUAAUAUCGAUCUAACCAGUGAUGAAGCCACUCAUAAAUACGAGUUUGCAGAUCAGGACACCUUGAUGAGAAUCUUGGAGAUCCACGAAAACUUGGAAGAGAUGACCAAUCAAAAAGAGGCGGAGAAAUUUAGAAGGGAGAACCAAAUUCGAAUCAACGAAAGCAUUGAAAAGUUGGACAUUCUUUACAGCAAAAAGGACUACGAGGCCAUUGCCAUGGAGACGAUUAGACUCAAAUACUGGUAUAACAUUAAAAACGUCUUAAAGGACUGGCUACCAGGUAAGCCAAUCAAUCUAACACAUUGA